GGGUGCUGGGGGCCGUUCCCUGUCCCGGGAAUCCCGGGUGGUUUUGGGAUCCCCUUAUCUCCCGCCGUGCUUUGCUGUGGCUCCUUCCCCCGGCCUUGAGUCCCUGGAAUCUCCGGGGUGGCCUUGGCGUGGAUGAGGUGGAAAAUCCCUCUGGAUCCGUGACCCCAGAGCCUGUCUGGGACAGGGGGAGCCAGGCUCAGCCUCUGAUCCAGGACCGUGGGACAGGGAUCCUCUCUCGGCAUCCCGACCCUCACCCAUCCCGCUCUGGAUCCAAUGCAUCCCCCUGCGGGGGGCAAUGCUGUGCGGGAAGGGGAGCUGGGUGUCCCAGGGUGUGGUUUGAGGGGUGCUGGACCCCCCAAGACCCCCGUGACGUGUCCCCCCUCGGUGUCCCCCCAGCUGCAGGCGCAGAAGCUGCGGCUGGCCCACAGCCGGGGGCCCUUCUACAGCGGCUCCCUGCCCAACGUCAACCAGAUCGGCACCGGCGGCCCCGAAUUCCAGGGCCCGUCGCCGCUGGAUUCCACGCGGAGCACGCGGCACCACGGGCUGGUGGAGCGCGUCCAGCGGGACCCGCGCAGGAUGAUGUCCCCCCUGCGCCGCUACGUCCGGCAGAUCGACAGCUCUCCCUACGGACCCACGUACCUGUCGCCUCCGCCUGAGCCCAGCUGGAGGAGGACCAUGCCCUGGAGCAAUUUCCCCAUGGAAAAAGGACACUUAUUCCGGCUGCCCUCAGCUCUCAACAGGACGAAUUCCGACUCGGCGCUGCACACGAGCGUGAUGAACCCCGCGCCCCAGGACGCCUACCUGGGCCCCUCUCAGGCCGGGCCCCCCCCUGGCCGCCGUGCUGGUUUCCUGGACGGGGACUCGGACAGCAAAGUGUUUCUUUUCCAAGUGCCUCCCAUCGAAGAGAACUUCGAUGACAACAAGCACUCGCUGAAGCCCUGGGACACCAAGAAGCUCUCGUCCUCCUCGGCCCGGCCACGCUCCUGCGAGGUCCCAGGAAUCCACAUAUUCCCAUCCCCGGAUCAACCUGCCAACGUGCCCCUCAUGCCCUCGGCCCUCAACACGGGGGGGUCCCUGCCCGACCUGACCACACUGCACUUCCCAUCCCCCCUGCCCACCCCCCUGGACCCUGAGGAGGCCCCGUACCCCCCCCUGAGCGGGGGCAGCAGCACCUCCAACCUGGCCACCACCAUGACCCACCUGGGCAUCAGCGGCACCGGCGGCGUCGGGCUGGGCUACGACCCCCCAGGACUCCCCUCACCUCUGCAGAGCUCCCUGAGUAACCCGUCCCUGCAGUCCUCCCUGAGCAAUCCCAACCUCCAGGCCUCCCUGCGCAGCCCCUCACUCCAGGCCUCCCUCAGCAACCCCUCGCUCCAAUCCUCCCACAGCAGCUCCUCCAUCCCCUCCUCUCUCUCCAACCAGUCCCUGCCUUCCUCCCUGUCCUCCUCGCUCUCCAACCCCUCGCUGCCCACGUCCCCCCGCAGCCAGCCCCUCCAGUCCUCGCCCAGCAACCCCAGCCUGCCCUCGGGGCUGGGCGGCUCCUUCGCGGCCACCUCGCCCCGCCGGCGGGUCCCGCUCAGCCCCCUGUCCCUGCCCGUGGCCGGCGACUGCAGACGGCAGCACCCCAAACAGUUCUCACCAACAAUGUCACCCACAUUGUCCUCCAUCACCCAGGGCGUCCCCCUGGACACCAGCAAGCUGCCGGCGGAGCACCUGGGGCAGCCCCUGGCACAGCCCCCCAGCGACUUCGGCCUGGGCAGCCUGGAGCAGUUCGGGAUCGGGGAGAGCCCCCCCGGGAACAGCGGAGGGUUCCCCGAGGAGUUGGGGGCCCUGAGUUACCCCCCGAGCGAGGGGGGCUACGACCCCCCCGGCCUGAACCGCCCAAACCUGAGCAACUGCAGCCGCCACGGCCCCAUCCCCAACAUCAUCUUCACAGGUGGGGGCACGGGGGGUGCCAGGGGGGUGGCUGGGCUGGGCGAGGUGGAGGGGGGGUCUCUGGGGGGGCUGGGGGGGCUGGAGGAGGAGCUGCGCAUCGAGCCGCUGACGCUGGACGGGCUGAGCAUGCUGAGCGACCCCUGCGCGCUGCUCACCGACCCCGCCGUGGAGGAUUCCUUCCGCUCCGACCGCCUCCAGUGAGCCCGGGGGGGCUCCGGCCCCGCGCCCCGCCCGCCAUCCCCGCCCCCCGGCCCCGCCGCCCGCUGCGCUCCCGCUGAAACACCGGCACAGCACCGGCACAGCACCGGGACAGCACCGGGAGAGGCGGGCACGGGCGCCCCAAACCCGGCUGGAGCCAGCCCCGAGGGGGGCCAGCGCCGCGACCCCCCCCAGUCCCUGCCUGCAGACCCCAGAAAAAUGGGCAGGGGGCUCCGUCCGGGCCCCAGGGACCCUCCAAGCUGUCGCUGUCAAGGGCUGCGACCCCGCCUGCAGUGAGCCCCCUCCCCCAAUUCCCGCUCCGGGAGCCGUCACUGUGGUCCCAGGAAAAUCCUGGCAAAAUUGGGGAGGGGGCUCCAGGCGCGGCUCUCAAGGGCUCCUUCUGGCUCCAGCGAGGCUGGGGGGGGUCCCCAGCACCCCCCUGUCCCCCUCCUCAGCUCCCACCGGGCUCUGUUCUCCCAGAAAACCCCGGGACCACCUCGGAGUGGGGAAAACUGGGGAGGGGGAGACAAUCCGAGCACCCCGUGCCCCCCCCCCAACAAAACAAACCUGGGGGGUUCCCUCCCCUAAUUCCCACCCCCAACCGGGCACCGUUCUCCUGGGAAAACCCCGGGAAAUUUGGGGAGGGGGGAGCAAUCCAGGCGCCCCCAGCCCCCCCGGGGUGGCUGUACAUAACCCCGUAGGUAGAGACCCCCGGGGGGGGCUGGGGGGGGCCGCUUCUGCCUUUACUUUAUCAUUUUUCCGGCUAAUCAUCAUGUUUAAGGAGAAAUCCCGCUCCCCCCCCCCAAUAUGUAGUCCCCAGCCCCCCCCCAAAUUACCCAGCUGCCGGGGACGUGUAGAAAGCACUUGUAACUUUGCCCCCCCCCCCAAAAUUGCCCCCCCGGGGGAGCACGGGGGGGGCCCGUCCGCGGGUGGGGGGCCCUGGGCCCCCCCCGGAGGGAGCCAGAGUGAUUUAUUAU